AUGGAGAAGGAAGAAACCUCAGAAGAGGUACAGGGGAGACCAGAAACCCAAAUCCAUCAUGUAAAAAAAGAGACCUUGGAGGAGGUACUGGUGGAGUAUGGGGAGGUUUUCAACGAGGAACUUGGGAGAUUUAAAGGCCCCCCAGCAAAAAUAUAUGUGGACAAGGAAGCAGUCCCCAGGUUUUUUAAAGCCAGGCCCAUCCCAUAUGCCAUGAGAGGUAGAGUUGAGGCUGAACUAAACCGUCUCCUUUCUCAGGAGGUUAUUGAACCAGUAAAACAUGCUGAGUGGGCCGCGCCUGUGGUCUCUGUGUUAAAACCUGAUGACACAGUAAGACUGUGCGGAGAUUACAAGCUGACUGUAAAUCAGAUCUCAAAACUGGAACAGUACCCAAUCCCCAGAAUUGAGGACCUGUUUGCUACGCUUUCGGGGGGACAGAAGUUCACAAGGUUAGAUGUGAGUCAUGCCUAUCACCAGAUUCCCCUGGAUGAGGAAGCAAAGAAGUAUGUGACCAUAAAUACGCAUAAAGGAUUGUUCACAUACAGAGUGCUACCUUUUGGUGUUUCAUCAAGCCCAGCGAUAUUUCAACGGACCAUGGAGGGACUGCUGCAGGCCAUUCCUCGUAUCACCAUCUUUCUGGAUGACAUUCUUCUCACAGGGAAAGACGACCAAGAGCACCUGCAGACUCUGUCCAUGGUGCUGAAUCGGCUAGAUGAAGCUGGUCUGCGACUUAAAAGAGCCAAAUGCUUAUUCAUGAAUGAGGAAGUGAUUUUUCUGGGUCAUAAGGUGGAUGCAACAGGACUGCACCCAGUCCAUGAGAAGGUGCAAGCAAACCAAGAGGCACCCACACCUUCAAAUGUGACAGAGUUGAAGGCAUACCUUGGACUGUUAAACUAUUACAACAAGUUCCUACCCAAUCUGUCAGCUGUUCUCGCUCCAGUGCACAAACUGCUAAAAAAAGACACAAGGUGGCAGUGGGGAGAAGCACAACAAGUUGCUUUUGAAAAAUCAAAAGAAAUGAUGCAGUCUGCUAAAGUGCUGGUGCAUUACGACCCAGAGAAGGACAUUGUGCUCUCAUGUGACGCAUCACUGUAUGGAGUAGGUGCCGUGCUGUCACAUCACAUGCCAGAUGGAACGGAGAGGCCCAUAGGAUUCACCUCACAAACUUUAAAUGCAGCGGAGAAGAACUAUUCACAACUGGAUAAAGAAGGAUUAGCAGUGAUGUUUGGAAUAAAACGUUUCCACAAGUACAUUUAUGGACGGAACUUCACUAUAGUGACAGAUCACAAGCCCUUGUUGUCACUUUUCAGUGAGAUGCGAGCCGUACCACAGAUGGCCUCACCCAGAAUCCAAAGGUGGGCGGUAACCUUGAGAGCCUACGAAUAUUCAAUAGUGUAUAAGGAAGGGAAGUAUCACUGCAAUGCGGAUGCUCUGAGCCGCCUUCCUUUACCAGAAAAAGUGGAAGUGGAGAGACUGGAAGAGAGAGUUCUCAUGCUAGAGAGCUCUGACAUCACGCUGGUGACAGCUGAUCAAGUGAAAGCAUGGACAGACAAAGAUCCAGUACUCUCGAGGGUGCGGGAGAUGGUACAAAUUGGCUGGUCAUCAAAACUGAAAGGGGAGGAGUUUGCCCCUUAUGAGGUGAGGAAACAUGAGCUCAGUAUCCAGAAUGGGUGUGUGUUAUGGGGCUCAAGAGUGAUUGUGCCACAUCCAGGUCAAGGAAAUGUUAUGAGGCAGCUUCAUCAGUGCCACCCAGGAGUGUCCAGAAUGAAGGCAUUGGCUAGGAGUUAUGUAUGGUGGCCAAAUGUGGACAAAGAGGUGGAGGAUACUGUAAAGGGCUGUACAACAUGUCAAGAGCACCACAACAUUCCUGCACCAGCUCCAUUACACCCCUGGGAUUGGCCUGACAAACCGUGGAGCCGUAUCCAUGUGGAUUAUGCCGGACCGUUUAUGGAAAAAAUGUUUUUUGUGCUUGUUGAUGCACAUUCAAAGUGGAUGGACGUGUAUCCAGUGAACUCUGCCACUUCAGCCACCACAAUUGAGUGCCUGCGUACAAGUUUUAGCAACCAUGGACUGCCUGAGUUGUUGGUGUCUGAUAUUGGCACUUGUUUCACCAGCACCGAGUUCAAAGACUUCCUGAACAAAAAUGGUAUCCGUCAUGUGACCUCUGCACCCUACCACGCCGCCAGUAAUGGGUUAGCAGAGAGAGGGGUACAAACAUUCAAGAGAAUGAUGAAAAAAUGUCCAGAAGGCACACUGACAGCUAAGGUAGCCAGAGUAUUAUUUAGCUACAGAGUGACUCCUCACACUACAACAGGUCUAUCCCCAGCAGAGCUGCUUCUCGGGAGGACGCUACGUUGCACCCUGGAUUCCAUCCACCCAGACCUAAGCAGGAGAGUGAAGGAAAACCAAGAAAGACAGAUAAAAGAUCACAAUAAAAAGGCAAAAGGACGUUGGUUCAAAACAGGAGACUCAGUGCUGACCCAGAACUUCAGUCUAGGACCCAAGUGGAUUCCGGGAAUUAUUGAGUCGGUGACUGGACCAGUGUCUUACAAAGUGAUGCUGGGUGAUGGGAGAGUAGUGAGGAGACAUGUGGACCAGAUUCACACUCACCACCAGAGACCAGGGAAAUGCAACAGCAACCAACCUGCGGACGCUAGUCGGCCAAGUCAGGCUGAUGAAAAAAAUUAA